AUGGAUAAAGUUAAAAUAGAUAAUAAUGUUUCAAUACCAUCAUCAUCAACAAAUAGUGGAGCAGUUGAUGAGGCUGAAGGUAUAUGGAGUGCUGAUAUUGAACAAAGUUUUCUUGAAGCACUUGCUAUAUAUCCUCCAUGUGGACGACGAAAAAUAAUUUUAACUGAAGAAGGAAAAAUGUAUGGACGUAAUGAAUUAGUUGCACGUUAUAUUAAAAUUCGUACAGGUAAAACACGUACACGUAAACAAGUCUCAUCACAUUUACAAGUACUUGCUAAACGUCGUUCAAAAGAAUUACAAUCAUUACGUAAUGAUAAAGCUGCACAACAAGUUAUACUUGAAAGAUUAAAACAAUAUACAUCAGCUGAAAUUGUUUCAAUGAAUAAUGAACAAAUUAAUAGUGAUAAUGAUUCAUUAUCUGAUGAUAAUGAUGAACAUAAGAAAAAAAAGACAACUAGUCCAAUUAAGAAUCUCCUUCAACCCAUUCCAAUUGAUGAACAUUUAAUAAAACCUAUUCAACCAUCAACUAUGAAUAUAGAUCAAUUUCAAACGAAAGAUGAAUUAUUUUCAUGUUCUCAAGUAUCUGAUAUUAAAAAACAUACAACAAAAAGAAUAAUAUCAACUAAUAAAUCGAAUAGUACAUUACCAAAUAUAAUGAACAAUUCAAUGUCACAUUUUAUACCAAAUUCUCCUGCCGUACAUACUCAUGCUGCAGGUCGAUCUCGAUGUUCAUCAAAUACUUCAUCAUCAUCUCCAUUAUCUUCUGGUUCAACAGUUUCUCAAGGUCUAAUGAUAACAAAUUCAUCUAUAACUCCAUUAGCUAUAAUUGGUGAUGAAAGUUUUCGUCUUUAUGAAUUAAGUGCUUUUGUUGAAAUUAAUCGAACAAUAGCUACAACACAUCCAUCAUUAAUUUAUCCAACAUCAGAAGCAUAUUCAGCUCAUCAACAUGAUUUAAUUCGUUUACAUGCAAAUGAUAUUCAAAUGAAAAAUAUUCAAACAUUUGAAACAAUAUCAAUUGAUCAAAUAUUUGAUAAAUUUCCUCAUUAUGAUGGUUUAAAAGAUUUAUAUGAACGUAAUCCAUAUGGAUCAUUUUUUUUAAUUAAAUUUUGGGCUGAUGUACCCAUAUCAUCAUCAAUAACAAAUUCAAUUAAUAUUCGUGAUGAAUCAUUUUUUACAUCAUUUACAUAUACAAGUUGCUCAAAUCGUCCAAUACAUAUAUCAACACGUUUAUGUUCAUUUGGUAAACAAGUUUUAGAAAAAGUUGAAACAAGUGAACAUCCACAACGUGAUCAAUUUGAUCAAUAUAUUUAUCGUUUUGAUCGUUCACCAUUAUGUGAUUAUAUGGUACAAUUUAUACAAAAACUUCGUUCUCUUCCAAAUACUUGUAUGAUGAAUAGUGUAUUGGAGAACUUUACUGUACUCCAAGUGAUUAAAUGUCUAGAUAAUCCCGAACAACUUUUACUUUGUCUUGCUUUUGUUUUCGAAAUAGCUAUGUUUGAUGCAGGUGGGCCACAAUAUCAAGUGUACAAAUUGGUUGCUAAUUAA